CCCCUCUCGGGCACAAUGAAGACAAGCAGGACGUGGCUCAGCUGCCAGAGCCGGGAGGCGGUGCGAAAGACGAGAAGGCAGGCGGGGCCGAAGGCACAACAAGGAGGGCACAGUGUGCUGGUACACCUGAGCCGUGGGGGCGCUGAGGUUCAGAUGUUUGCUCCAGAUGUCCCUCAGAUGCACGUCAUUGACCACAGUAAAGGGCAACCAGCUGAAGCUGAGUCUAGGAAUGUUUUAGUGGAGUCUGCAAGAAUCGCUCGUGGUAAAAUCGCAAGCCUGGCUAAGCUCACCACAGCAGACCAUGAUGCUGUGAUAUUCCCCGGUGGAUUCGGAGCUGCCAAAAACUUAUCUACCUUUGCUGUUGAUGGGAAGGAUUGCAAAGUGAACAGAGAAGUUGAGCGAGUCCUGAAAGAUUUCCACAAAGCAGGCAAACCUAUUGGCCUGUGCUGCAUUUCCCCAGUGCUGGCAGCAAAGGUGCUCUCUGGAGCUGAGGUAACUGUGGGCCACGAGGAGGAGGAAGGGGGCAAGUGGCCUUAUGCUGGGACUGCAGGAGCCAUCAAAGAGCUGGGAGCAAAGCACUGCGUGAAAGAAGUAACCGAAGCUCAUAUGGAUACAAAAAAUAAGGUGGUGACCACCCCAGCAUUUAUGUGUGAAACAGCAUUACACCAUAUCUUUGAUGGCAUUGGGGCAAUGGUAAAGAAUGUGCUAAAAUUAACUGGCAAAUAAAAUCAGAAAUGUCUAAAUUUAGGGUGUAGCAUCAAACUUCAUGGACCAACGGAGACAUUUGCACCUGCUUGUCCUGUUCACACUCUAGUGAAUGCUGAUAUGAAGCUGAUUGAUUGCCAGCUGCAGGAUUUUCUGUGCCUUUCUGAGGGAGGGGCACUGCAGCAGAGGACUGGAGCCUGGCCUGAGACACAGAGCAUUUUCUUGAGCUUUUCCAUCUGCACAGAACUUGACUAGAUGUGUUCUGAAACAAUCAGAACUGAAACACCAAUACACCAAUGUCAAACCAGUUCUGAGGGGGAAGAAGACUCAAAGCCCUUUCAGAAGCUGAGGGCGGGUGUGAUGUAGGGGUUUGGCACAUGGCAGCAUAUCUAGUGGAUGAAGAAUGGGAGCAGAGAGGAAUGAGUGCAUGGUUCAAGGUGUCUAAGCUCAGGCCUGUGUCUGGGAACUAACAGCCAGGGUCACUUGCUGAGGGAAGAGACAUCUUCCACGUCUUAAUUUAACUCAGUGUUAAUGAAAAGAUUUGGUUUCCAUUUCGAAGAAUCCUGCUUUCACAUUGUCAUUGUGAACACCAAUCAGCAGCAGGACACAACUGCCACACCAGUAGCACUUUGGAAAACUCAUCCAUUGGCCCAUUAUAGUUUUAAAAGUCUUGAAAUGAGGAAGAAAUUAAUAUCCACUGAUGUGACGCACAACUCCUAAGGACAGCUGCCCUGUUAAAGCAGGUGUAUGACAAGUAGUGAAUGGAAAAAACAAUCUCAAAUUAUCCUAACUUCCCCUGCUUUAGGGUAAUAAAGCUUUCUCCAAAGAAGUAUUAUUGAAUGUCUGGAAUAAUGAUGUCUAAAUAAAUUUGUUUCUGCCUUUA